AUGGAAGAUAAUGUAGAUGUGGAUAAACUUGAAUUUGGAAAAAAAUUGAAGGGAGCUAAAUGUCUAAAUUUGUGUGAACUCCGUCUUUUAUUAGAGGAUCGCCUAAGAUUACACCCAAUGAAAUCAGGCGAAGCUCAUAAUCUAAUGAAAUCAUCACAUCAAUAUGCUACAAAAUUUGGUAAAAUUAAAAAUAGAGCCUCAGUAAUGUUACUUAGAGAGGCAUUGGAUGAAAAUAAGGAACUUCAUGAAUAUGAGAUUUCAUGUUUAGUUAAUCUUUUACCUAAAACACCUGAUGAAACAAAGGCACUUAUACCAUCCUUAGCAAGACUUCCAGAUGAUGAAAUUGAACGUAUUUUGGCUCAUUUGGAAAGUCAUAGAACAUAUUCAUAUUGA